AUGCAGCGCUCUUCUCAGCCCUUUCUCCCAUAUCUUCUUAAAAUAGAAAAAAUUUGCCUUUCACUAUCUGUCUCCAAUGCAUGGCCUGAAAGAGGGGAGUCCGCGGUCAAGCGGUUGAAGUCACGAUUGAGAAGUUCCCUAAACAAUGACAUGCUCGCUUCCCUAAUGCACGUGAGCAUUAAUGGACCUGAACUGCAUACCAGUCAGUGUGACAACCUCAUUACAGAAACUGUCAAGGAAUGGUUAACUCAAUCACGUAGGAAGAUUGUCGGAGGGAAGGAAGGGAAUGCCGUUAAGAGUGUGAAUGUUGCUGUCCAAUCCGAGAUUGAGGAGAACGAGAAUUUUCUCUAG